AUGCUCAUAGUGGCUCGUGGAAGAAAACCUGUAGAGCCACAGCCUAAUAACAUGAUUUUGGCAGAGUGGGUUAUGGAGAGAUGGGUACAAGGAGCUAUUCUUGAGGCAAGUGAUCCGAGAUUAGGAGGUGAUUUUGAGGUUGAAGAAAUGGAGUUAGUUUUGAUGUUGGGUCUACUUUGCUCUCAUUCUAAUCCAGUGGCUAGGCCUAGCAUGAGACAAGUGAUGCAGUAUUUGAAUGGCGAUGCUACCUUGCCGAAAGUAAUGGCGGAUGCUAUAGGACCUGGCAUGUUUUCAGUCGGGAGUAGUGAGUAUAAUGAAUAUUUGUCAUCAUUUGGGCAGUUGAAUAGGAAAGGUUUAUUGUGA